AUGGCGGCGUGGAGGAAGGCGUGGCUGUCGGUGUUGGACCGAGGCGGAGGCGGUGGGGGAAGCAGUGGGUCGUUGCAGGUGCACCUCCACGGCCUCCUCUCCCCGUCGUCGUCGUCGUCUUCGCUGAACGGUUACAAGCGGGGCGGCGGGAAGUACGGCGGUGGCGGCGGUCAAGUGAUGAGUAGUAAGGCUGGGCUGGCCUGCAUCUCCGUGGCGCUGGCGGUCGCCUUCUUCUACGUCUCCGUCACCAACGGCCCCACCGCGGGCGCCUCGUUUCCUUCCCCGGCGUCGUCGUCGUCGUUGGCCAUCCUGUCGUGGCUCUCGUCGAACUCGACGUCGGUGGCGCUGCCGAGGAGGUCUCUCCCGCCUCACCCGCCCAUUCAUCUGGCUGCGAUGAGUGGCGCCGGCAGUGCUGAUCUGCAGAACGGCACACGUAGAAUGCAGAGCAUCGCCGAGGAUCCGGGGCUGCCGGCGCCGGAGCAAAUGGCUAAGGCGCGUGUUUCUCUCGGAGACGCCGGGAACGCCACCUUCGGCGGCGUCGACGGGUACCGGCCCAUCGGGAACGGCACGCGAUCACAGCAACAGCGAGAGGAAAGCGAAACGCCAACGCCGCUGUGGCGGAGAGGCGAAGGCGACGGGGAGAACUCCACCCGCGACGCCAUCGUCGGCGCUCCCGGCGAGCCGUCGGGCUCCGACGGUGCCACCGCCAAUUCCACCGACGUCGGGAGCUCGAGCGAACUAGAGAGAAACAGAGACGGCACCACCGACGUCCCACCACUGAACUCGUCGGCAGCCACGCCGUCAACGCCGGAUCGAAAGGGCAGGCACAGCAGUCAUCGGAGAGCUACCAGGCACAAGCAUCAUCAGCACCCGAGGCGGCGAAAGGAGACCGUCGUCCUCCCAGUAGCGCACCAAGAAGCUCCCGAUCACCACGACGCCGCCGCCAUGGCCGCCGGCGCCAUCAACGCCACCGCCGUCGGCAACAACCGGGUCGUCUGGACGUCGGACGUGCAGAGCCUGAUCUCUUUCGCCAAGUGCGACAUGUUCAGCGGCGGCUGGGUGCCGGACGACGAUGGCUACCCAUUCUACCCGCCGGGGUCGUGCCCGCACCUCGACGAGGACUUCAACUGCCACAAGAACGGCCGCACCGACACCAGCUUCCUCAAGUGGAGGUGGCAGCCGCACGCCUGCGACAUCCCCAGGCUGAACGCAAUUGAUUUUCUGGAGAGGCUGAGAGGGCAAAGGAUCAUAUUCGUCGGCGACUCACUGAACCGCAACAUGUGGGAGUCUCUUGUGUGCAUUCUGCAGCAUGGUGUCAGGGACAAGAGGAGAGUGUACGAGGCAUCGGAGAGGAACCAGUUCAAGACCAGGGGAUACUACUCCUUCAGAUUCAGGGAUUACAAUUGCUCCGUCGAUUUCGUAAGAUCAACAUUUCUUGUCAGAGAAAUGAUCAACGAGACCAGAGUCGGCGCCGUGGACGCUAAGCUGAGGUUGGAUGAGCUCGACGAAGCAACUCCGGCGUACCGGACUGCCGACAUCGUCGUCUUCAGCACCGGCCACUGGUGGACACACUUGAAAACAUCGAGAGGGCUGAAUUACUACCAGGAAGGCAGCUACGUGCACCCCAGCCUCGAGGUGAUGGAUGCAUACAAGAAAGCUCUCACCACCUGGGCUAGAUGGGUCGACAACAACAUCGACUCCACGAGAACUCAGGUCGUGUUCAGAGGAUACUCCCCAACACAUUUCAGGGGAGGGCAGUGGAACUCGGGAGGGGGAUGCCACAGGGAGACGGAGCCGAUCUCCAACCAGACGCACCUCGCCGAGUACCCCGAGAAGAUGAGGGUCCUGGAGCAGGUCCUGAGGCAGAUGAGGACGCCGGUGAUCUACCUCAACGUCAGCGCCAUGACGGACUACAGGAAGGACGGCCACCCGUCGGUGUACCGGCCGGUGCGGAACGAGACGGAGGAGGAGCGGAUGGCGGCGGCGGCGGCGCAGGACUGCAGCCACUGGUGCUUGCCCGGCGUGCCGGAUACAUGGAACGAGCUGCUAUAUGCUUCGCUGCUCCAAGCAGGGAAAGGAUCGUGGAGACUGUGAAAAACUCGAGUACUCUCUUAAUACAUAUAUACAAAAUCAUUUUUAUCCUCCUUAAAAAUAUUUCGAGAUACACAUUUUUCAAUGCAAAGACUUAGUACAAUGCACCUUAAUGUACUAGAAUUUUGUAUUAAAACUUGUCAUACCAGAGUACUUCUCAAGGAUGGCAACAAGCCUUAUAUACAGCUAGAUAGAUACCCCGCGCGUUGCUGCGGGAGAACUGUAUGAUAAUAUAGUAGAUAUAAGUUUUAAAUUUUUUCUUACCUACUAUAUGAUUUUUUU